AUGGAUGCGAGGAGAUGCGAGAGGGGGAAACGGGUGUGGUGUGGUUAUGUGGGCGGAGAGCAGCAGGAGCAGGAGCAGGAGCAGGAGCAGGAGCAGGAGCAGGAGCAGGAGCAGGAGCAGGAGCAGGAGCAGGAGCAGGAGCAGGAGCAGGAGCAGGAGCAGGAGCAGGAGCAGGAGCAGGAGCAGGAGCAGGAGCAGGAGCAGGAGCAGCAGCAGCAGCAGCAGCAGCAGCAAGGGCGUUGUAUAUUCAAGUAUUCAACUCUCAGGCCUACGGCGAGGUGGACAUGGCAAGUGCAUCGAGUCGGGCAGGUCGCUCGUCCAUGA